UGAUUGGUUGGAAUCUUACCCGAGUUUUGAUUUGUUUGAUGCAGAUGCUUUUUUUUUUUUUUAACGAAGAUUCUUCUGAAAUAGUUUAACAUGCUUAUAAACGCACACACAAAACUGUGGUGGUAUGUUAGUGGUGACAGAGACGAUCGCCAUUUUGUUGUCGAGGAAUUUGUGGCUUUCAGCAGCUUGUAACUUUUCCCGAAAAUCAUGCUUGAUGCUGGGAUUUGGAAAUGUCGGAGCAGGAGCUAGCAAGCGAAUGUGGUGCUGAUGUUUUGGUGUCUUUUGGUGAGUCGCUGCACGUCAACACGGCACUGCUGACAGUCGCCACACUUUGUGGAGGACUAUCUGGAAUACUAGCUGCUGCCCUCUUGUACGUGUUCUGCCUGAAGACUUUAAUUUUGACGAGACAGGGUCACAAUGCAAGGAGGCUGCUUGAGCCCGAUGAUGGAGACGUGGAAAACAACACCAGUCAUCAUGCCAGCAACAGCAGAAAGGAGGCGACGAUUGCCGCAACGAAGAACAACAAAGAGGAGAAACGGGCGCCUAUAAAUAGCAAUGUGGCAGCAUUUGCAUCCAAAGCAAAAGUGGUGUACCCCAUCAACCAGAAAUACAGACCUUUAGCAGAUGGAGCCUCCAACCCUUCACUGCACGAGUGCUCCAAGUUAGCAACCAUACCAAAGGAGGACUCGUCCUUGUCCUCCUCAGACGAAGACUCAAUGAGCCAGGAGCUGGACAAUGACUACAGCAGCCAGUUCAUCUCCUCCUCAAUGGUCCCCAAGAGCCUGCAGAACCAGAGCUUUGUUAGGGUUUCCCGUUACCCAUACACGUUGACACAAACAGGCUUUGAAGCAAGGAUCAACCUCCACUGUUUGGCUCUGCAGGAUGUGCAGCAGCUUUACUCUCAACUUCAAGAGGAAACAUACAUUCUAUACCUUCAAAUGGUGAAAAAGAUAUUUUGCAGCCAUUUUCCAAAAGACAAAAAUGAUGCAGACUUCUCCAAACACAUUCUUCAAUUGCAGCAAAAGGAAGUGGAGGAGCUGAAGAAACAGUGGUCAUCCGGCCAUGCUGCCAGCGACGCCACUGCUGAUGCUCCUUGUACUCUGGAGGAAAUGGAGAGAGCCCAAAAGGAUUUCCUAGAACGGAACCUUCAAAUGUCCAGAGGUUUUAGCAAGGUGGUGGAGGAACUGUGCCACGUGAUGAAGACCAGCAGUAGUUUCACUGUGACGGAAGCCCAUGACGCUACUGCCUCUCUCAGCCAAGCUCUGCUUGUGAUGGAAAACCAUCUAAUGAAAGCACAGGACGCAGAACUAAAGCAAAUCCACCAGAAGCUGUUGUGGUGGGAGGAGCUGACAGGGCUCCUCCAAUCCCAGCCUGCCUUGCUGCGGCAGGAAGUGUUUCUGAGGCAAAGCUUGAUGGCUACAACGCUGGAGCAGCUGACCAGUGAAGACGUUUUGACCUUCAGCAGCAUGGACGCAAUACUCUCAGAGAUGCAGCACGCUCUCGCAGAGGGCCUUCAGCAGUGCAGAGAGGAUUACACCCUCAAAACAAAGGAGUCGGUGAUGGAAAAAUGCAGCAAAGCGGAUGGCAAGCGUAAGAAGCUUCGUAGGAGCCAAGCAAAGGAGAGGAGUCGUACGCUGGAGCCCAAACGGGCUCGCAGUGACUCACAGCAGCUGUCAAAGGAGUACCAGGAGCUGCUGUUAAAACAACGCCAGCAGCUUUGGGACUUGGAGCUGCUGCAGGAUGACCGCAUGGCUGAAGAGCUCUGUGACCUUUGGACCAAGCUCCGCAGUGACUGGUCAAAGAGGCUAGAGGAGAAAUCCAAGGACAUCUUUUGUAGGUCCGUUUGCAAGACCAAGGUGUCUGCUGACGGCUGUCACAGCCUGUGGAUGGACGUGCAGCACCAGCUGGCUGCCCAGCAGCAGCAGUUGGAGAGAACCACCAAAUUGCAACUGGAUCAAAUGCGGGCUCAGCUGGAACAAGAGCGACAGGUAUGGACCGAAUCAAUGGCUUUGAUGCACGCCAGCCUCGGUCGUCUGAGUAACCAGCAGAUGAAGAUCCUGCGAAUCAUGGUGCUCAGACAGAGCUACACACUUAGCAGCCAAGCAGGGACGCUGCUGGAGAGGAAAUAUGAGCACCUGCUGGCAUCCGUGCAACGCCACUUCCUGGCCAGACACUUCUGCGUGCACGUGCUCAAAGAGAUGAGGCUGGCCAAGCUGAAGGUUCUCUCUCAGACCGACUUCCGAGCUCUGCUGAUGCAGGAUCCCGCCACGGUCCAGUCCUGUGUUGAUUCCACGCUGAAGACCAGCAGUGCCAGCCUAGCAGAGAGGCAUCUGGGUCCCGAGAGCCAACUGGUGAGCCACAGUUUCCAGCAAGAGUUCCUGUCUGAGCUGGAAACCGGGACCGAGCUGGUUCAGGAUCACGCGCAGCGACUGCUAGGGAACGCCGUCAGCCACGCCAUCCUGCAGCUGAUGGAAGGCCAGGCCUCCGACUCUCAGAACAACCCCAGAAAGGAUGGCGGCUCGAACCAGCAACUCGCAGAGAGCGCCUCGGAAAGCGUGUACGUGACCAAAGAUUCUGUGGCCGCUCUCGUCCAGAGCUACUACUCUCACAUGCAGGAUGUCGCUAAAAACCUGCAACCACGGCGGCCAAACGCAAACCUUGAUGAGACUGAGCAGAACUCCAAAAGCGGUGAGCUGAACAAAGCUCUGCUCGGAGAGCUGGAGAACUGGAGCAGGAAACCCAACUCUGCUAAGUUUCAACAGAGAGUUGAGCUCCAUAAAAGGAAGGUGUUAGAGCAGUGGGAUCUGGAACUGGACGUGGUGUGCCAGGAGCUGAGACAGAGAAAAGUAGCCCAGGAUCAAACCUUAGCAGGGAUCAAUGGGCAGCUUCAGGAGGCGGAAAGAAGCUUCAUCAGCCAGCUGGCGGCCUUGGCUCGGGUUUCUCUCCACCGUCCAGACCCAGAACCCAGCGAUGAAGAUGACAACACAGGGGAUGGUAACGCCUCUAUCAUGGACCUUCUUGCCCGGAACCCAGCGCUGGAUCCGGCCUUGAAUCCGUCGCUGACUCCAACGGUUGUAGCUCCAGCCAUCAUGAAACCAGCAAAGAAGAAGAAAAGGGAGCACGAGUCUCAUCUCAGUUGACAGCAGAUCCUUUUUUAUACCGUAUGUCUUGUAAUGUAUAUCUUCUAACGUCGAUCUCCUCCCCUGACAACACUGCUUCUGUUGCUGUUUAAAUAAAAAUGAUGUAGUCCUAGA